AUGAAGGGGGUAAUUCUCAAAGGAAUAAAUGAACUUGUUUUUAGCGAAAGUUUAACAAAACCGACAUUAGAAAAAUGUAAAAUACAAAACCAAGGAAAUGAUUUAUUAUUAAAAGUAUUAUCAGUAGGAAUUAAUAGAAUAGAUUUAUUAAUAAAAGAAAAUAAAUAUCCCAAAUUCCCUAUUGGAAAAUCUCUAGGGUUAGAAAUUAGUGGUAUUGUUGAAGAAUCUAAUAGCAAUAAAUUUAAAAAAAAUGAUAUUGUUUGUUCAUUAUUAAAAUAUAAUGGAUAUAAUGAAUAUGUGCUAGCUAAUUCUAAACACACAAUGAAAAUCGAUUCUGAUAAAAUAUCUAUGUUUGAAGCAGCAAGUAUACCUGAAAGUUUUUUAACAGCAUAUAAAUUAAUUUAUUAUACCGCUAGAUUCCCACUAAUAAAUAAUAAUGAUAAUAAAAUUGUAGAGAAUAAAGAAGGAGACAAAAAUAAUACAACUUUUACAUACACACCAAUAUCAGAAAAUUGUUAUUAUUAUUAUAAACAAUUUAGUAACCAAAUUUAUGGAAACUAUUUUGGAAAAAAUGAAGUAAAUGUUCUUGUUUAUGGAGCAUUAAGUAGUGUUGGAAUUAAUUUAUUACAACUAUUAAAUUACGAAAAAAAAAGAAAUAUUAUGAACAUUAAUAAAAUUAUUGCAAUUACAUCAAAUCAAACAAAAGCAAAAGUUGCUAUGGAAUUUGGGGCUACUGAUUAUGCUUUCCAUAAUGAUGAAAAUUUUGUUGAAAAUAUUUUAAAUAUUUCAAAAAAUAUAAAUUUAAUUUUUGAUUGUGUUGGAGGUGGAAAAAUAUUUGAAAACAAUUUAAAAAUAUGUACUAAUGAUACAGUUUGGAUUUUAUAUGGUCUAUUAGGUGGGCCCAAAGUACCAAGUUUUAAUUUAGCACAUUUAUUAACAAAAAGAAUUAUUUUAUUAACAUCAACACUUUAUGAUAGAACAGAUAAUUAUAAAGAAGAACUAAUACAUUCUUUUCAACAUCAUAUAUUACCACUAAUUUAUAACAAUACCCUAAAAUUUUGUAUUCAUAAAGUAUUGCCAAUAGAGCAAAUUGAAGAAGCUCACCAUAUUAUUAAGAAUAACCUCAAUAUUGGAAAAGUUGUUUGUAAAUUUUGA